UUUUCCAGAUCUUUCAUGAAGAUGAGCAGCACAGAUCUCAACACUGAUUCCUGUUGGAUUCCACUGGUGAAGUGGAUGAUGUACUGGAUUGUGUUUGCCUUUUUUACCACUGCAGAAACACUCACAGACAUUGUUCUUUCUUGGGCUGAGAGAUGCCCUGUUUAUGGAGUUUUCAUGGCUAUGGAUGAAAGACUAAAUGAGACUCGAAGAAGGUUUCCCUUUUAUUUCGAGCUGAAAAUUGCAUUUGUGAUUUGGCUGCUCUCCCCUUACACCAAGGGCUCCAGUGUCCUCUACAGGAAGUUUGUGCACCCAACGCUCUCCAAUAAGGAGAAGGAAAUUGAUGAAUACAUUACUCAGGCUCGUGACAAGAGCUAUGAAACCAUGAUGCGAGUUGGCAAGAGAGGGUUAAACCUUGCUGCCAAUGCAGCAGUUACUGCAGCUGCAAAGGGUCAGGGAGUUUUGUCUGAAAAGCUGCGAAGUUUCAGCAUGCAGGAUCUCACUCUGAUACGGGAUGAAGAUACUGUGCAUAUGAGAGGCCAUGAGCCACAGCUGCACCCCUCUGGUGGGAGUCUUCUUGAAACAAUUGAGGAUUCAGCUUCCUGUUACUCCUCAGGAGAGGAGAGCAGUGUGGCACAGCGGUCUAAUGGAACCCUGUCGGAGACCAGAACAGACCCAUCAGAUGAAGAUGGAGGAGACAAACUUCCUAAACGUACCCAGAGUCUCAAAACUCCUAAGAAGAUGAUGAAAGCUGAGCUUCCAGUAAGAAGUGUGAAAGCCCGCCCUAAGAAGAAAGCUGCAGGCUCCCUUGCUUCUGGCGAGUCAUCCUAAGGAGACCUCCCCCUCCCCAGCACCUGUCUCUGUUCCGGGAUUUGCCUGUCACUUUUGAGGGGAAACUCCCCAAAGGAAGGGAGCCGAGAUUCAUGUACAUAACAGAUACUGCUUUGUAGAGCUCAUUCCAAGGCAAGGGGGAGGCUGGGAUUCAGAAAAUGGAGUAGAGGAUACACAUCCUCUGGAAUUUUCUCCUUUUCAUCUCUCUGUCAGACGGAAUGCUGAUAUGUCUGUACAUAGCCUGUUGCUUUGGAAUUCCCACUGUAUAACCCUAGUUGGGGAGAAUCUUUGCUGGAACAACUGACUAGGGUUGGAGACAGAUUUCUUCUUCUUGCACAGAAGCUGGAAAAAUAUUAGACGCUGGAGUUCCACAGGGGUGGGUGGCUCCCUAAAAUGUCUUAUCUUGCUCUGGGUAUUCUUCUGCAGCUGUGUGUUGUUAAGAAGUGCCCACCAUGAUUCAUCCUCCUUAAGAAUGAACUGUAUCUGUCAUGUCCAUCCCCUUUGAGAAGGUGACUGAAAUGGUGUAUGCUGAGUGCUUUUGAACAUAGAGGACUAGCUCAUGGGAGGAGUAUGCUAGAUUCGCAUUACUAGUACUGGAAGAUGAAGAGAUUGGGGAUUAUUUCAUUUUUUCUGGAAGCUGAAGGGAGAUAACUGAAAAACUGAGUGCAAUGGAGUAGGUGCAGGUAUCUGUGAGAGUUAAAUAUUGAGAAGGGAAGUUGGGCAUCUGUAAGAUUUUGGCUCUUCUUGAAGCUGCUUGAAUUUUGUUUCAGGUUCUGUUGUUCACUUUGAUUCCUGUGAGAGUAUCAGCAUGAGGCGAGUCCCCUGCAGUGGGAAAAGUUGGCAGAGAGACUGUUGCUUUGCCAUUUAGUGAUUGAUCAUGUCAGCCCGAUGCUUGUUGCUACAGACAAAUCCUUUUGUUCUAGCAGAUGACUGGGGAGAAUCUGGUUCAGUAUAGCCCGUGAGCAUACUUGAGAAUUUCAGAAGUCCUUAUCCCUCAGCCUUAGGAGAUCCAGUCCUCAGGGCAUGAGAGCUGAUAAACAGCUGAUGCAUGAAUUUCACUAGUUCCAGGAUUCCAUUUAUGGGGGAUAAAAAGCAGGGAGUAGGGCACAAUACUCUGAUCAGUCAGUCCUCUUGCUUUAUGCUACUGCAGCCCUUGCACAGAUUUUCUGUCUGACCAUGUGCCAUGUUCAUCAGAUUCCUGAGGCUCGAGCAAUUUAUAACACUUGGGACAGAACUAUAUUGAAUGUAGAAUAUGUAUUGCAGGAGUGAAAUUGCAGAGCUGCAGAGAGAAUUCGCAUCAUGCCAAGCCAUGCUGGGUUCUAAUCUGUUGAACAUUGAGGGGAGAUCCCUUGUAGGCAGGCCAACAGGGUCAGUGGGAAUUUAUGAAUUAGGGUUCUUGGUGAGAUCUAUAAUGGGGGGACCACCAUUAUAGACUUGGUUGUCUGAAUGAGUACUUGAUGGUCUUAAUCUUUACUAAAACUACUUAUGGAAGGAACCUGGCUCCUCCUUCCCUACUGAAGACCAUUCUUAGCUCUAGGUGCAGGUAUUUGUGUUUGCCCAGUAUUUUGCUGUUGACAAUGUAUAGAAGCACUUCUGCGAGUAACGUUCCACAAGUACUUCUAUCCUAAAGAAUAGCCCUUCAAAAGUUUGUAAAGUUGAAGGUUAGGACUGAAUUUUUUCUUGUUUCCCAUUGUCUUGGUGAGAAAUUGUUAUGAAUUGACUAGUUAUUUUAGGAAACCAAUUAAGUUGUUUUUACUUUUAUUUGUAGCUUUUAAACAUUGAAGUCCUGACAGACGUCAGAAACUUCCAUCCUGCCAGAAAUACUGUCCUAAAUUAUCCACAAGGCCUUAUGCAGAAGCCAGUAGAAAAUCCUUGAUGCACAAAAGAAAAGCAAGUAUUUUGUUAUUUUUAGUUUAACAGACAUUGUAUAUGUGUCUCACCGGUACAUGCAAAGGCAUGUUCUGAGCAGGAAUUCUGCUUCUGAAGGAAAUUCCCCUCUUCCAUACAAGGGAUAGAAAAUUUUUACCGAGUAUGUGGAAGAUUCAGGUGUAAGGAAUUUCUGUCCUAGCUUUCGCUGUAUGGAACAAUAUAGAAUCAUUAUUCUCUAUAUACCAAGUACCUAUAUGAGCACAUUUCUUGAAAAAUUUUUUCCUUUAACUAAAAAUUUCCAUAGCAAAUUAUUUAUGUAAAUCAUUGUGAGGGGACUUGAUUUGGAAGCCGAGGUUUGGUUAGUUUCCCCUUAUGCCAAUCUCCACGCUUUUUCCUUGCACAUGUAUGGUGAUAGCCUUGGAUUACUUGGUUUUCAUACAGUGACUUUCCAGAAUGUUUUCUAGAAUCAGUUCAUUUGUAGUAACUCUUCUUUCUUUGCAGCACAGGAGGAAUCUCUAAAGACUCAGUUUUGGCAUUUGGAUUUACCUUUGUCUUCCUGAGCUAGGUCCUGCACUGAGUAUCUUACUUAGCAUUGAUACUUGAUGUCAUUAGUCUGUGAGUAAGUAUGGGUCAGUCUUACUCUGACUUUGGUUGAAGAGGAAAUUAAAUGAAUUCUGGUUGUAAGGGAGAGUCUGGAGCAGAGUCAGGGACUAUUAUCUAGUGUAUGAUACAAAGCUGAUGAUGCCAAGCAGCAGAACUUACCCAGAGCAAGAACAAUGUCUUAGCAUAGACACUAUUUUCUUCUUCCAGUACAAAUGUGACUGCUAGAUUGUGCUCUGCUUGAUCAAAGCCUCUGCGGAUCUGCCACCACCCAUGUGAUCUCUUAGUGAGUUUCUAGAUAUAGUUCUGCAUUGGAUGGCAUGGUCUUGCAUAGAAAUUCUCUUGUUAAUGAGAACGCUGAAUGUGCUGUUUUGAUAAAAUGCUUUUAUCAGCUGUUGUUCAGUGUUUUCAGCAGGAAAUGCUGGAAUGUAGUUUCUCUUCAGUAUCAUCUGUGGGCUUCGUUGUGCAGUUAAGCAAAUGGUUAAAUCUUUAUCUAGCAGUAGAACCCCUUGUAUUCAGUAAGUGUUUAUACCCCUUUCCUAAUACACCUGGGCACAAAGAGAAACCAGUAAAAGAAAAUAACUGAAGUGGGAGGGGGGGAGAUAGGGGCAUGGUAUGUGUGUGUCAUACUUUGUGUGCCUAAAAAUUAUCCUAAAAUACCUGCACCUGAGAUAUAACGUGAAGCCAUGACUGUCUUUUGGAAAGAAACGUUGUACCUCCAUGCUGUAUAAUACUAUGAGUCAGUGUUCUGCUGCUGGAAAAGAAAAUAGUGAAAUGUGUGAAACUUAAGGAUUUGCUGCAUAAAAGGGAAAACGGUUUCUUG